AUCAUUGGCUACAUAUAGAAUAUUUCUACCAACCAACAGUAACGUAACCAAAUGUUUUCCACCAAUUCACAGUCAGCGGGUGUCAUCGUUAAACUGAUCUCAAAGCAGUUGUAAUAGCUGCAGCAGGGAUGGAUUAAUUUGUUGGAUGUUGAUGUGACGUCAUUUUCAACUGCAUUUUCAUUCUCUGUUCUCUCAGUGGACUUUGCCACAAGCUGUGAGACAUUAAUGGACAUCACCAUCUACUGCCUCAUCGGGAAGAUGAGUAUUAAAAUAUAAUGGACUGUUAGGAACAAUAGAAGUUGCAGAAGACUGUCAUUGCUAGACUGCAUUUCCAAGUGGAAAAGCUCCGCCAUUGGAUGGACUGCGUGUGGAUUCUGCUAUGAAUCAAAAUGAGGACACAGAGGAGGGACUCCCUCCCUCUAAAACCACUCUGUUGUGGAAACAUGGGAGCCAGACCAAGCUUCAGAGGAAGAUAAAAGAGAAGAAACCAGACUCUUCUGCAUCCAGCUUUGUGUCCAUGCAGAGUGAGCAGUCUAAGGGUCGACCUGAAGACUUCAAACGUGGACAGCAGUCUACUGAUCCAGGGAGGAUCCAUCAGCAGAAACCGGAUUCUCCUGUAUCCAGCUGUGUGUCCAUGCAGAGUGAGCAGUCUAAGGGUCGACCUGAAGACUUCAAACGUGGACAGCAGUCUGCUGAUCCAGGGUUCCCUCCACAAAAACCACAUCCAUCUGGAUUAAGAUCUGUGUCCGAUCGGUCUAAGGGUCGACGUGUUGACGUCAAACAUGGACGGCACUCUGCUGAUGUUGGACAUCUGCAGCAGAGUUCAGUAGUUUCCAGCAGUCAGUCUGCCCAGCAGCAUCCAAAAGACCUGGACUCCAUAUUUAUGCUGUUGGAGGAGAACAUCAUUCGUUUUGUGAAGAACGAGUUGAAGAAGAUCCAGAAGGUUCUGAGUCCAGAUAACCCAGAAUGCUCAGAGAGUCAGGAGGAGGAGGAGGAAGUGUUGGAGGGUGAGGAUGAAGAGCAAAGGAAGAGCAGCAGAGAAUCAUUUCUGAAGAUCACACUGCACUUCCUGAGGAAAAUGAAGCAGGACCAGCUGGCUGACUGUCUGCAGAGCAGGACUCAUGAUACUGUUUGUCAGCAUAAACUCAAGGCUAACCUGAAGAAGAAGUUCCAGUGUGUGUUUGAGGGGAUCGCUAAAGCAGGAAACCCAACUCUUCUGAAUCAGAUCUACACAGAGCUCUACAUCACAGAAGGAGGGACUGCAGAGGUCAAUGAUGAACAUGAGGUCAGACAGAUUGAAACAACAUCCAGGAAAGCAGACAGAGCAGAAACAACCAUCAGACAAGAAGACAUCUUUAAAGGCUCACCUGGAAGAGAUGAACCAAUCAGAACAGUGAUGACAAAGGGAGUGGCUGGCAUUGGGAAAACUGUCUUAACACAGAAGUUCACUCUGGACUGGGCUGAAGACAAAACCAACCAGGACAUCCACUUCACAUUUCCAUUCACUUUCAGAGAGCUGAAUGUGGUGAAAGGGAAAAAAUACAGUUUGGUGGAACUUGUUCAUCACUUCUUUACUGAAACCAAAGAAGCAGGAAUCUGCAACUUUCAGCACUUCCAGGUUGUGUUCAUCUUUGAUGGUCUGGAUGAGUGUCGACUUCCUCUGGACUUCCACAACAACGAGAUCCUGACUGAUGUUACAGAGUCCACCUCAGUGGAUGUGCUGCUGACAAACCUCAUCAGGGGGAAACUGCUUCCUUCUGCUCGCCUCUGGAUAACCACACGACCUGCAGCAGCCAAUCAGAUCCCUCCUGAGUGUGUUGACAUGGUGACAGAGAUCAGAGGGUUCACUGACCCACAGAAGGAGGAGUACUUCAGGAAGAGAUUCAGAGAUGAGGAGCAGACCAUCAGCAUCAUCUCCCACAUCAAGACAUCACGAAGCCUCCACAUCAUGUGCCACAUCCCAGUCUUCUGCUGGAUCACUGCUACAGUUCUGGAGGAGCUGUUGAAAACCAGAGAGGGAGGAGAUCUGCCCAAGACCCUGACUGAGAUGUUCAUCCACUUCCUGGUGGUUCAGGCCAAGGUGAAAAAGGUCAAGUAUGAUGGAGGAUCUGAGACAGACCCACACUGGACUUCAGACAGCAGGAAGAUGAUUGAAUCUCUGGGAAAACUGGCUUUUAAGCAGCUGCAGAAAGGAAACCUGAUCUUCUAUGAAUCAGACCUGACAGAGUGUGGCAUUGAUAUCAGAGAGGCCUCAGUGUAUUCAGGAGUGUUCACACAGAUCUUCAAAGAGGAGAGAGGACUUUACCAGGACAAGGUGUUCUGCUUCGUCCAUCUGAGUGUUCAUGAGUUUCUGGCUGCUCUUCAUGUCCAUCAGACGUUCAUCAAUUCUGGUGUCAACUUGAUGGAAAAGCAACAAGCAACCUCCAAGAAGUCAAAAGCAUCUAAAGAGAAACCAAAACUGAGAUAUCUCCACCAGAGUGUUGUGGACCAGGCCUUGCAGAGUCCAAAUGGACACCUGGACUUGUUCCUCCGCUUUCUCCUUGGUCUUUCACUGCAGACCAAUCAGAAACGUCUAGGAGAUCUGCAGCAGACAAUAAGCUCAGAGUCCAAUCACAAAACAGUCGAGUAUAUCAAGAAGAAGAUCAAUGAGAAUCUGUCUGCAGAGAGAAGCAUCAAUCUGUUCCACUGUCUGAAUGAACUGAAUGAUGAUUCUCUAGUGGAGGAGAUCCAACAGUUCCUGAGAUCAGGAAGUCUCUCCACAGACAAACUGUCUCCUGCUCAGUGGUCAGCUCUGGUCUUCAUCUUACUGUCAUCAGAAGAACGUCUGGAUGUGUUUGAUCUGAAGAAAUACUCCGCUUCAGAGGAGGCUCUUCUGAGGCUACUACCAGUGGUCAAAGCCUCCAACAAAGCCGUGCUGAGCAGCUGUAACCUCUCAGAGAGAAGCUGUGAAGCUCUGUCCUCAGUUCUCAGCUCUCAGUCCUCUAGUCUGAGAGAUCUGGACCUGAGUAACAACAACCUGCAGGAUUCAGGACUGAAGCUGCUUUCUGUCGGAUUGAAGAGUCCACACUGUGAACUGGAAACUCUCAGGCUAGCUGUGUGUAAACUGCCAUGUCAAAGCUGUGAAGCCCUGUCCUCAGUUCUCAGCUCUCAGUCCUCUAGUCUGAGAGAUCUGGACCUGAGUAACAACGACCUGCAGGAUUCAGGAGUGAAGCUGCUUUCUGCUGGAUUGAAGAAUCCACAUUGUGAACUGGAAGCCCUCGGUCUGUCAGGUUGUCUGGUCACAGAAGAAGGUUGUUCUUCUCUGGUCUCAGCUAUAAGCUCCAAUCCUUCCCAUCUGAAAGAGCUGGACUUGAGCUACAAUCAUCCAGGAAAAUCAGGAGUGAAGCUACUGACAGCUGGACUGGACAAUCUAAACUGGAAACUAGCCACUCUCAAGGUGGACAAUGGUGGAGAACAAUGGUUAAAACCUGGUCUGAAGAAGUAUGCGUGUGAGCUCACACUGGACAGAAACACUGCACACAGAAAGCUCAAGCUUUCUGAUAGCAACAGGAAGGUGAUGCUGGUGAGAGAGAAGGAGCAGCCUUAUCCUGAUGAAAAAGAGAGGUUUGACCGCUGCUAUCAGCUGCUGUGCAGAAAUGGUCUGGCUGGUCGGUCUUACUGGGAGGUGGAGUGGAGUGGAGAGGUACAUGUAUCAGUGAGUUACAGAGGAAUCAGAAGGAAAGGAGACGGUGCCAACUGCAGGCUCGGAGGGAAUGAUCAGUCGUGGACUCUGAGCUGCUGUGGUGGUGGCUAUUCUGCCUGUCACAAUAACAGAGGAACAUCCAUCUCUUCAUCCUCCCCUGUUUCCAAGAGAGUAGCAGUGUAUGUGGACUAUCCUGCUGGCAUUCUGUCCUUCUACAGAGUCUCCUCAGACUCUCUGGUCCACCUCCACACCUUCAACACCACAUUCACUGAACCUCUGUAUCCUGGCUUUGGAUUUGGGUUUGGGUUGGGGGUGGAGUCUUUGAUGCUGUCACUGGAGUCUUCAGUUACUCUGUGUUCAGUGUAAGAUGGAGAAUCUCUGACAUCUCAGUAAGCAUUGGUGAAAUUAUCUCAGUGAAAUUACAUUUAUAUACCCCCAAUGCACAUGAGCAUAUAGCUGGUGGAAGGCCUUGAGGAAGCAUAAUGAAAAAAUGUCCAUUUUUAAAUGUUUCAAGAAGGAGUGUAUUUGUUUUCUGACUGAAAAUCUGAUCAGCCACAACAUGAAAACCACCUGCCUAAUACUGUGUGGACUCCACAGACCUCUGAAGGUUUCCAGUGACAGGCACCAACACAUCAGCAGCAGAUCUCUUAAGUCCUGGUUGUUGUGAGGUGGGAUUCAUGGAUUGGACUUGUUUUUCCAUAUCUGCAUCCCUACCCUUAUCCCGCAGACACUCGAUAGGAUUGAGAUCUGGGAAAAUUGGAGGCUGAGUCACUGCCAUAAACUCUGUGUAAUGUUGAUCAAACCAGCCUGAAACAAUGUUGAAUCAUUAGGACAUAUUUAGGAAAAGGCAUUAUCACUGUAUAAACAUAAUUUUGAGGAGAUAGUGAAAUGGUUUCAUCAGCUGUCAGUGAAAUACAACAUUAAUCGUCUCUGCAGUCUGUGGUAGUCGUUUUGAAUGGUCAGCAAAGCACUUGCCGAUCAGAAUCUCAGUCAUAUUUUUAGUUUUUUCUACAAUUCAUUACGAGUGAUGUUUAAUGUUGUUUACGUAAUUUAUCUGUUUCAAACUGUCAAGACAUGAAACACUGACUUGAAAUAUACAGUUAAUGGCCCACUAUUCUCAUGUUUGAUUUGAUUGUUAAAUAAAGCUUUCCUCUAAUCAAAAAUCCA